GCAGGCACAAGCGGAAAAAAGCGGAAAAGAUAUGAUGCUCAAAAAGACAAAGGUGGACUACCUUCAGAGAAUCUUGUUUUUAACCUCCACAUUCCACAUCCAUUAAAGAAGCAGCUAAUUGAUGACUGUGAAUUCAUUACCCAUUUGGGCAAGCUUCUCCAACUUCCUCGUUCUCCUAAUGUGGAUGAAGUACUUAGCCAAUACAGUGUCUAUCUGCAAAAGAAAGAUGGGAUGGUAGCUGAUUCACUAAGGGAAAUUCUCAGUGGAUUGCAACGUUACUUUGACAAAGCAUUGUCAUCCUUGCUGCUUUACAAGAAUGAGCGUGACCAGUAUGAAGUAGCAAUUAAAGAUGGAGUCUGCCCUUCGUUUGUCU